AUGUCAUGUUCAAAAAUACUUUUAGGAGAUUUACCUGAAUUAGCGUAUAAAGUUAUAAAUUAUCUUCAGAAUGAUUAUUCAACUUUAUAUUCAUGCAUUUUAGUUAACAGAUUAUGGUGUCGUUUAGCGAUUCCAUUAUUAUGGGAAAAUCCUUUUUCAAUUUCCGCCAGAAAUUAUAGUUUUAUUGAAAUUUAUUUAUAUGAUUUAGAGAUUAUUAAUAAUUCAUUAUAUCCGAAUGUACUGUUCAAUUAUUCCAGGUUUUUAAAAUAUUUGAACAUAUUUAAGUUUAUUUUCUCUGUCGAUAAGUGGUUUGAUCCUGAUAUUAGAACUUCACCCCCUAAAAAUGAAUCAUGUUUAGUACCUAUUUCUAGAAAUACUAUUACUGCCGAGAUAUGUGUAUUGCUAUUUAAAAUUUUUAUCGAAAAUGAAAUAACUUUACAUACUCUUGAAAUUGAGAUCUGUGGUAAUUGUUAUCAACCAUGUUUUGAUAAUAUUCUUGAGUUAAUUUUUAAAAAUGCAAAUUUCACUCAUAAUAUUAGAAAUUUAAAUCUUUUUACUAUUGACGAUAGUAGUAAAUAUGUAUCAAUUAAAAAUCGGAUAUCACAAAUAAUUCAUUUACAACAAAAUCUUAAAAAAAUUUUGUUAAGUAAUAAUAGUUCUUCUUUGUAUUUAUCAUUAUUAUUAUCAAAAGAUUAUAAUUAUUCAAAUACUUUAAAUACAAUCAUUUUCCAUCGUGUCAAUUUAAAUGGUUUUAACAAUUUACAAAAAGUAUUUGAACAAUUAAAUGUUUUGGAAUCUGUUCAUAUUGCUUAUUGUUAUUAUUUACAUGCUAGUUUUACUCAACAAAUUAUUAAUUUAACUAAACCAUUCAAGUUAAAAUCUUUAUUUCUAAGUGAAAUACAACAACUUGAAUCAUUAGAAUUAUUAUUACAAAAAUCUGGUGAUUAUUUAGAAAAUUUUGGAAUUGCAAAACUUAAUAAUGGUCUAUCAUCAAAUCAACAAUUAUUAGAAUUAAUUACAAAAUAUUGUAAAAAUAUCAAACUUUUUGAUUUUUAUGUACCUAUAAGUCAGAUUAUUUAUCAAAUAUUCAAUUUAAUUGAAAAUAUUAAACAAAAUCUUAAUUAUCUUUCAAUCAGUUUAGGGUAUAAAAAUACUGGACCUAAAUGUUGUUCAAUAAUAUUGCGAAAGUUAGGGCAAAAACUUCCUCCUAAAUUAGAAUAUUUAUGUUUGAAUUUUUAUUAUAUUGAAGCAAGUGAUUUUGAAGUGUUUUUAAAAAAUUCUAAAGAUACUUUUAUUAAUAAAUUAUUGAUCAAUAACAGUGAAGGUCAAGAUAUUUUACCCUUUAUAAAAGAAUAUAUCAUGAAAAAGAAAAGGGUUAGGUAUUUGGCUAUUAAGGAAUCUAUAUUAGUUAAGGAAUUGGUUUCAUUUAAAGAUGAAGCGAAUGAAUUUAGGUUGUAUAAUAUUAAAGUGCAAAGUUAUCAGAGUUUAGAGAUUAACUUGCAUAAUUAUAUAAAGGAAAUUGAUUAA